GCCUUGGGCGGGUGGAGGGCGGUUAAAGGAAGGCGGUAAAGUCUGCCGUGUAAACGCAGCUGCCGGGUCCGGGUGUCGUGCUUCGCGAAGGGGAUGGAGGGGCAGGUUCAGCGGCACCAGGCUCUUUACAAGGGCGCCCGGACCCCGCCUUGGAAGGAGACCUUCAGGCAGCGCUGCGUGGAGAGGCUGAAGAGCAGCCGUGCCAGACUCUUGGACAGAUACCGCCAUGUGGGAGAAGACCCAGCGCAUCAAGCGAGCAAAGCCCUCUUGGUCCAGGAAGUGAUGGAAAUGGAAUGGCAGGCUCUGCAGCCUCUGGAUUUCCAGCUGCCCUUCCCCAGGAAACAAGAAACUUCCCCUCAGGUCUCUGCGAUGCUGGACGUCUUGGAGGAAAUCCAGGAGGAGCUGAUCUUGCAAGAACAGCUGGCCGUAGAAGAGUACGAACAAAGCCUGCGCUUUGAGGAGGAGUGCCUGAAUGCUAUCCUGGAUGGCUUGGAUGCAGAGCGCAAGGUCAUCUGCCCGGUUUGCAGAAGGAACAAUCUCUGUGUGAUGAGUCACUCGGUCGUGUGUCCGUGUGGGCUUUCCAUCAACACGCAGGGGAUGACCAAGGAGAAGCUCUGCUCCUCACUGGAAGACAACGUGACAGAACAUGGCCGCCGCUGUCAGUGCUGGCCUGAAUUUGCUGUAACCAGCUGGACGGAAGGCGAAGCACAUCUCCUCAUGAGCUGUCAGGUUUGCGAUUCGUGGACAGUUAUUUUGUAGCCGUGGCUCCAUUUGCAGCACUUUCCAGGAAAGCAGAGAACUCUCGAGUCUUUCCCCACGUCCCCUUCUGAGAAGCGUCUUAUCUACGUGUGGGUUUAAUACACACAAAUGUACAUAAUGUCAAAAAGUGCCCUUUGUGGAUUCCUUGAUGCAUGUUGUUUACAGUGGUUCUCGGUUGAACAAAAAUACCUUUCAGUGUUGAGAGGAGGUGGGUCUUGGUGCACAUGGAACAAAUGGGAUAUUUUGUUUUCUUGUUUUGUAACGUUAAGUGGGGCACAGCUGCUUUGAAAUGUUUAUCUAGAUUUCACUGAUCCUGCUAUCAGAGCAGGGAGUGUUGCUUUUCCUGCUUAAAAAGUGCAAUGUUCACUGAAAGGAAGGUAGGAUGACAUGAGAUCAUGAAAACCCGCUGGGUUGAUGUGUCAGAACCCCCCUCUAAGGCAGACUCGUGUCACAUACAUCCUUUUAAUAAUUCUUUGCGAAUAAAGUUGGACUGCAACUGUCACCAUUCAGUUUUCUCUGAAGGAACCAGACUAAUCUUGAAUUAGAUCAAGCACUAUUGCCUCCUCUUGUCAUUCAGGGAACCACUAAACUAAAUUCCAAAACCGGCAUUUGCAACAAAAGUAUCUGAAGAUCUUUAGUACACCAUUUGCACUACAAACUCUCUAAUGUCCAGCAGUUUUUGAAGGCAAGAGCUUUUACAGGAUAUACUACAGUUUAUUCCUUUUCAUAUCAAGUGUCCCAGCAUACACGUGUAAGUAUACUUGGACUUGAGACAUGCAAGGAAGCUUUCAGACCAUCCAAGAAAGUCAUUUUGCAGUGAGCCUUCCAUUGAGAGGCCUGCUUCAAGCAGAAGAAACACCGGUGAACCAAUAGUUCGAAAGAGUUGCAUAAGGGGAAAAAAACUUGAAUUUUUCGGUAUCACCGGAGGACACUCAGAGAAAAAGGAGGAUGAACUCUCCCAAUAUCUGAGGGUGGUUAGGGUGGCUGUGGUAUAAACGUAGAUUAAAAACCCCAAUACGGGUUGGGAAAGAUCAAAUGUUUUUAUUCUGGGUGUUUCAGUGGGGUAAUUUGGCUCACCCAUCAGCGUUUAAACGAAAGAAUUGAUUGCUUACUGGUGUCUACAAAAGGAAGCAUGAAGCAAAAGCUAUUAAGUGUGGAAGAAAAUCUCCAGGUGUGGCACACCCCUAGCAUAUGUGGCAAUCCACAUUCACAAAAUACUCUUAAAAGUGCUAUGAUACUUUAAGCAGUCAUGGCUUCCACCAAAGAAUUUAAGGCUGGAGUUUAAGGGUGCUCAGAGUUGUUAGGGGACCCCUGUAUCCCCUCUUCCAGACCUACAAUUCCCAGGGUUCCCUGUGAAGAGGGAUUGGUGGUUCAACCACUCGGAGAAUAGUAGCUCUGUGACGGGAUUGGGGCUUCCUAACUACUCAUCACCGAUUAAACAAACUACAGCUCCCAGGAUUCCUUGGGAGAUGCUGUGACUGUUUAUAAAGUAGUAUCAUGGUGCUUUAAAUGUAUGGGGUGAGUGUGGCCUUAGUCUCUGCUCUAGGGGUGGGGAACUGGAUCAGGCCAGCAGGUCAGAUCUUUUUCUCCUCCACCUCCUGUGGGAUACAGCUUGCAAAAUGGGAUGUGCCUGCCCUCCCUGCUUUCAGCCAAGGUGUGCAGCAGCCCACGCCUGAUAACAUCUGUGACACCAUGUGUAGGCCAGGUAGGUUGGGCCAGACUGAGGCCUGCAGGCUAAGCUUGCAGAUAGCUCUGCUCUAACAGCAGUUUGAACACUAUUGUGUUGUUGUUUUUUUACCUUUCUGAGAUUAUUGUAUCCCUUUUGUGCUUCUGCUUUAUUUAAUUUGCUAUUUUAUUGCGUUGUUUGUGUUUCUGAUUUGUGGCUUAAGUGACAAGGUUACUAGUAACAAAUAUGAAACGUGUAAUAAAAGCAUCUGCCACCGAUUACAGGCUGUUUUGACAAUACAUGGAAACUUUGAAGCUUUGGGUGAGAUUUCAACCCCAAUUAAAGGAGCAGGGAACCCUU